AUGUUUAUGUAAAGAGAAGGUGGAGCCCUAUGAACUCUGAAGACAAACAGCAAAUAGAGUGAAAAAGCACAUAGGAGAAGACGAAAGCAGAACAGAUAAAGAGAAGGAAAGAGAGGAAGAAAUGAAUGAAAAAGACAUGACCACAGAAGCAAAUCAAAGUACAGGAAGAAGAGUGGAGGAUGCAAAAGCCAGCCAAGCUCAGUGGAAGCUAUUUCAGUGCCCCAUAUCUGAUCCACGUUUUCCCAGGGACGAUUUAAAGCAGAUAUGGAAGGAAUGUCAGAAUGAGAGCUUCUGGUAUCGAGCUCUUCCACUCUCUGUUGGGAGCAUGACUGUGACAGGUGGCCUCAUGUAUAAUGGUGUCUGGAAACAGUCUAAGCGAUUUGGGUAUUUUCCAAAACUGAUUUUGGCGGGCAUCGUAGGAUAUGCAGUAGGCAAAGCUUCCUAUGUUGGGACUUGCAGAGAAAAGUUCAGUAAACUGGACCCAGAGUUCACUAAAGCAUUUGGUCCAGGUUUUGGGCCUCCUGGAUUUAGAGCUGGUGGACCUGGGCAUAGACACUGCAUCCAUGUGUGUGAAAAGUGCAAACAACAGGAAGCGCAGGCUGCAACAACAGCCCCUGAUACUCAGAGCUGAGGGUCUUUAGAAUCAGGACAUGUCUCAUUACUCCACAUAAUUAUGCCUUAUUUACAUUUUUGUAAAGUGACAUUUUUAAUAAAAAUAAAUUAUAUCUGAAAUGUUUAGCUCCUUUGGAAAUUAUGAAACAAAGGAAGUUGCAAUCAUCUUAAAGGAACCUUUGAAAGAAACUAACCACCAGGUGGCGCCAAGACACUACAAGACACAGCAGCUCUGCUACAUGGAGAUAUUAGGCAUUUACAUUUUUCAUUUACAUUUAUGUAUUUGACAGACGCGACUUACAGUGUACUUAGUACAGGGACAAUUCCCCCAGAGCAACCUGGAGUUGAGUGCCUUGCUCAAGGACACAAUGGUGGUGGCUGUGGGGUUCGAACCAGCGACCUUCUGAUUAACAGAUAUGCACUUUAGCCCACCUUUUCAAUGACAGCAAAAUGCUGAUUGUAUUGAAAUGCCUGGGAAAAUGUUAUAAAUUGGUAAGGAUGGAACCAUAUGUGUGUCAAAUACCAGUGAUAUUUCAGCAGUAGACCAUAUUACUGCAUAGGCUGGAUUUAAAAGAGCAAUAUAACAACACAAUACACUGAGGACCCUGUUAGAUUACAUAAACUGUCCAAUGUGACCCACAAGCACUGUGUUAAAUCUGGUGUAAAUGUUAUAUAACAAUGUUAUUAACACAACAUAGUCUCUUGUCUAAAAUGUAGAGGGAGUGAUUGUUGUGUUUAAAUCUUAUGAUUAAUCAGUUGCCUUUUAUUACAGGUGUUUCAUAAUAAUUUUUAAAAAAUAAUUAAGUUGUUACAAACUACCCGGCUCAAGGCAGAGUAAGAUGAAGGGGAGGCCACAGGAGGAUAUGAUAUAAAACACACACAUAUAUAUAUAUAUAUAUAUAUAUACACACAUAUUUAAACAAAUAAAUUGUUUUAUAUGCAUUGGACGCUUUUAUCCAAAGCAACUUACAGUUCACUUAUUACAGGGACAAUCAACCCGGAGUUGAGUGCCUUGCACAAGGACACAAUCUUGGUGGCUGUGGGGAUCAAACCAGCAACCUUCUGAUUAACUGUUAUGGGCUUUAGCCCACUAUGCCACCACCACUCCACAAAUAUUUUAAAAGUCAAAGUAAGAAAAUCAAAAUACGUAACAAGAACAACAAAUCAGAAAAAUCUACAGCAACAAAUCAGAGUGCUGGUGAGGGGAGGCAAACACACUGAGGAGAAGGGCCUUUUUAUGAGCUGCUCAUCUCAGGUAAUUCUGAACACCUGCUCCUAAACUCCACCCUGGAAAAGACAACGUCAUCUGGUGGACAAAAAAAUAGCAUCAUGACCAGGGUUGUAACAAAGUCAUGGAGAUAGAUUUUUUUUUUCCAAGAGAAGUUUAUUGAUUUAUUGUUUUGAUUUUGUGGUUAAAACUUUUGCUAUACAGGUGAAACUCGAAAAUUUUGAAUAUCGUGCAAAAGUUCAUUAAUUUCAGUAAUUC